UCUUCUCCCUCACCCUCCUCCAUAUAUAUCACUUCCACCCUCGCCACAAACUAUAACCUCUCGAAAUUUCUACACCAAUCUCGAAUUUUCUCAUCACAACCAGAAUGGGUUCCUGCUUCUCCAUGGAAGAACACGGAGAUUCACCGCCGCCAACGGCCAAGGUUGUAUCAGUUAAUGGCGACCUUCGAGAGUAUAAUCUCCCCAUGUUCGUCUCCCAAGCUCUGCUUGCUGAAUCUUCUUCUUCUUCUUCUUCUCCCUCUUCUCGUCAGAAUAAUUGCUUCAUCUGCAACUCAGACUCGUUAUUCUACGAUGAUUAUAUUCCCGCAUUGGAUCUGGGCGAUCAGCUUCAAGCCAAUCAGAUAUACUUCGUUCUUCCCAACUCUAAGCUUCAGCAGCGUUUAACAGCGUCAGACAUGGCAGCUUUGGCCGUCAAAGCCAGCGUUGCUCUCCAAAACGCCUCCAAAAAGGAUUCCCGUCGACGUAAGAAGGCUCGGAUAUCCCCGGUUAUCCCCGUACCGGAGGUACAGAGUAAGGUAAAGUUGGAAGAGAAGGCGGCGCCAUCGGCGGGUGGGUUUUCGAGAUCCGGGUCAGUUAGAAAAAUACAGAGAUAUACAUCUAGACGGGCAAAGAUGGCUGUUCGUUCCUUCAGGCUCAGACUCUCUACCAUUUACGAGGGCUCCGUUCUGUAGAAAUCCUUUUUUAACGAAUAACCAGCAGUUUCGACAUUGUAAAAAUGGUUUUAUUUAUUAUUUUUCACCUUUUUUUAUUUUGUUUUUGUUUUUAUAAUUAUAGUUGUAUUUAUGAUUCCCUUUUGGAAAACACAGUCACAGACCGGAUAUAAUUAUCAUGAGUUUGAAAUUAUUUUC